CCUCCACCUUCCCCAUUUGGGAGAUAGAGAGAGGAGAGAAACUGACUCAGGCUUAUAAAUACUGAGAUUUGCUUUUUAGUUUUUACCCGCCUGCAAUUGCCUGCCAUUUGGUUCCCGCUUCACGCGCCCGAUCAUUCCUCCCCUCCUCCUUAUAAAUCUCUGCAACCCUGAGACGAAGAAGAAGAUGAUGAUGAUGAAAGCAAGAGCAAGCAACAGCGUCUAGUGUGAAACAGCCUCGAAGACGAUCAGAUGAAUUCUCGCACACCCACAACAUCUCCAUCGUCGUCAUCGUCGUCGUCGUCAUCUGGGGACGGUCAAAUGCUCCACGCAAGGCUCUCGGAUUCGGCCUCAAGAUGCAUCGGCCUCGUUUCCCACCACCAAGGCCCGUGGCCUACCCAGAUGCCCGCCGCCACCGUCGAUUCCGUCAUCAACUUCAGGCCGCACUCGUUCCAGUACUCCGUCCCCGACCCCGGCUGCCCCUCGUCUCAAGAAGCGUGCGGACCGAAGGACGAGUACAUGUUCGAGAAACUGCUCACGCCCAGCGACGUCGGCAAGCUUAACCGGCUCGUCAUCCCCAAGCAGCACGCCGAGCGGUGUUUUCCGGCCGACUCCUCCGUCGAGAAGAAAGGGCUGCUGCUGUCGUUCGAGGACUCCAACGGGCGGCCGUGGAGGUUCAGGUACUCGUACUGGACAAGCAGCCAGAGCUACGUGCUCACCAAGGGGUGGAGCCGGUUCGUUAAGGAGAAUCGGCUGGAAGCAGGGGAUGCCGUUCUGUUCCACCGCCGGCUCGUUAACGGCUCCGACUGGCACCUCUUAAUCGGCUGCAAGCAUCAGGCGCGGCACGGGUUGUCCGCCGGGCCGACUCUUCCCGCCGCUGAGCAAUGCAGGCAGGGGCUCUAUUGGCAGGCGCCGGCGUUCUACAUUGCCGAUCCGGGUCCUGAACCCAGUCCGGGCAACCAAUCGGACUCCGGAGUCAAGCGGUUCAGGCUGUUCGGCGUGAACUUAGACUGCCCACCUGCGUGCAAGGAUGGGUCAUGAGCCCAGUCGAGCCGAUCCGGCCAUAGAAUAUACUAGCUAGCCUCUUUGCUCUUGUGAUUUCUUCUUCCUUUUUUGUUUUCAAAUUGUUGGUUUUAUUUGUUUAGUGUGGUUGUGAUUUAUGGCAUUUGAUUCAAGUUUGAUUUAAUAAAAUGUGACUAAUCAUGGAUCGUUAUUUAUAUACUUCC